GUUCGAAAACCAUUGUAGAACCAUUGUGGUUACAGAAGUUUCUAUACAAGAUGGUUUGGAUUUGGAGCCUAAUUACACUGGGAAUAAUUUUUGGAGCAAUGGGAGGCGUGAUCAUUUCUCCGAGGCAGCUUAAUGGUAGUAGCACCACCACCACAACGACUGCAAAGAGUGAGUAUUCUCCCAGCAGUGAAAGCACCACCACCUCAACGACAGCAAAGAGCGAGUCUUCUCCCAGCAGUGUAAGCACCACCACCUCAGCGACAGGAAAGGUGACAUCCCCAGUCGAUCUGAAAACUAAUGAAACUACACUGGAACCCUUAGCUGCACUCGAUAAGUCAAUAACCGCUGAUCUUGAAAAUAUUCUAACUAAAUAUGAGCGUGAAUGCAUGGGUAAUUCGGAAUUUACAGAAAAUCUCGACCUCAUACGCAAGGCUGUAAAAUGGAACAAGGAUCAGUUGGAAGCCAAGAUAAACGCAAAAAUUAAUUUUAAUACGUAUAAUGGACAACGUAUUUCACUUGAAAAACAAAUUGAUCAGCGCAUAGAGGCCCUUAAUAAUAUACUGCCUACCCAAGAACCGAAUAGUCGUUGCUCGAAAUUUUACUUGAAACAAAGAGAAACUCUUAAGAAUGCCAAAACACUUUCGAAUGAAGGAAAAUCAUCAGCUUUACUUCAAAGCAAAGAAAUUUGCAAAACCAAUGAUUACAAUUAUGACGAUUAUUAUUACUAGCAGAAUCAGCAAUCUAAUAUUUAUUUAUAAUUAUUAUUACAACUGAGUGUAUCAAAUGUUGAAUA